ACACAGAAUGAAGAUUGUCUAUGGUCAACAUUCAUUAGUUACAAACCACCCACCGACAAACUAAAGUUGAGGGCUGCAUCCAACUGAAUGAUGGAUAUAGUCAGUUCGUAUAAUGAGUGGGAUCCUCUUGAAGAAGUCAUUCUUGGAAUCCCAGAUUACGCAUGUAUACCACAAGAUGAACCUGCUUAUAGAAGUAAACUGGAUGCUGCAGAUUUAAAUACAUUUACAGCCGGUCUGAGGAAGGAUGAAACCAUACAAAAAGCAAGGGUUCAGUUUGAUAAUCUUGCCAGAAUUUUAGAAUAUCAGUGUAAUGUGAAGCUCUUACGCCCAGAAAAGAUUGAUUUCAGCGAAUCAAUUAAAACACCAUUUUUUGAAAUUGAAAAUCAAAACUGUGCGGCUUGUCCACGUGACACAUUGUUAGUUAUUGGUAACGAAAUUAUUGAAACACCCAUGAGUAAUAGAGCCAGAUACUUCGAGUCGAUGGCAUACAGGAAGAUUCUGAAUGACAUAUGGGAAAAAGAUAAAAAUAUGUUAUGGACGAAUGCUCCUAAACCAACUAUGGCAGACUCUAUGUACAACUUAGAUUUUCCUUGGGAUGACAAAUCACAGGAAAGAAAAGACUGGAUUGGGAGCUUUAAAUACGUUACAAAUGAAACGGAACCAGUUUUUGAUGCAGCUGAUGUUUUAAGACUGGGAAAAGAUUUGGUGGUACAAAACUCAUUUACUACAAACAGGAAAGGUAUUGAAUGGUUACGCCGCCACACAAAGUCACGUGGUUAUAGAGUGCACGAAAUACAUUUUCCAGACGAUCUUUCACCUGUGCACAUAGAUUGUAGUUUAAUACCUUUAGUUCCUCCCACAAAAGAAAGGAAAGGCAUUUUAAUGAACUGCCCAGAGCGCCCCAUUGCGCCAGCUGAUAAGGAAAGGAUUUUCAGUGGAUCAAAUUGGGAAAUUCAAAAUGCACCGCGGCCGUUCACAACAACAAUACCAGAACUAUGCCAAUCAAGUUAUUGGUUAUGUAUGAAUCUGCUUCUGGUGAGUCCUGACAGAGCUAUUGUUGAAGAAACAGAAAUACCAACUAUCAACUAUUUAGAAUCACUAGGUAUCAAAUGUAUAAGAGUUCCAUUCAGGGAUGUAUACGGCUUUGGCGGAGGAAUACAUUGUGUAACGAGUGAUAUACGUCGUCGUGGAGACCGUAAAAGUUAUUUUCCAAAUUUUGACUAAGCUGAAAUGAAGUAAUUGAAGUUUGUCAGCAAAUAAUUGAACAUUUAAAAAUAAAUUAAACCUAAGCGAA